CUAAACCUUUUUUUUUAUUGGCAAACCUUUUCUUUUUCGCAUUCUGCCUCCUAACUCCCACCGGAAAUCGAUCUUCCAAUCCCUACCGUAAUCGAAGACCUUCAUCUCGCCGCCUUUGUGUUUUUCGCCGAUAGCUCAUGCAGCCCUCCUCUGCGCCGGAAUCGAAGAUCUUCCUCUCAAUCAUGCCCAUAUAUUUUCGCCCAAGACUGAUCGAGUCUUCCCAAACAUUUAAUCUUCCAAUCUUUGUAAGACCUUCAUCUCGAGGCUUUGGUGUUCUUUCGCCGAUAGCUCCUGCAUCCCUCGACCGUGCCGGAGUCGAAGACCUUCCUCUCAAGCCUUGCUCUUCCCGUCUGUCUCUAAUCGGAGGGCCGACAUAUUGCUCAUCACCGUGUUCGACUCAGGCUGGCGCAUUAGCCUCAGCUAGGGAUUAAUUGGAGCAAUCUCCCUGCAAAUAUCCAAUUUCUGCAUUAGGAAGGAGCACAGUUUGUUGAAGGAUUAAUCUCCCAUUCUCCCCUGAAUGAUUGGUUGCCUUUUCCAGGGAGAUUUAUUUGGGUCCUUAUUGAUUGCAGUAAUGGCCCCAAAGCGUUGCCGCGGUGAUACUUCUUCUAACCA